AUGCUUCAUUCCCGAUUACGCCCAUUGCCCCGCCGCAAUCACACCUCUGCAAGAAUCCCUGCACUAGCGCCAACACCAGACAGAGACCAAGACUCAAAGCCUGAAACAGAAGAAGAGGAAGAUGAAAGCUCCGACGACGCAGAAGACCUCUUCGGUGCAUUCCUCCCACAUCUCUUCCCAGAUGAUGCACCCUCGUUCCACGGUGAUCCAGGCAAACACCUCCUCUACUCCUCACCGCGCUAUGGGGAGCUAGAAAUCAUGGUCCCCUCCUACCCGGAGAACAACAAGAGCACUGAUUCAAGCUCCGCUGUUACCGGGCAGGGAAACGGGAAUGGGAAUGGGAAAAAUAAUGCCGAAGAGGGACGGAAGCUUUUUGCGCAUUUCUUAUGGAGCUCUGGGAUGGUUGUUGCGGAGGGUGUUGAGCUUGCUGCUUGUGAUUCGAAGGAUGAUUUGAAUGAUCCGGAGUAUUUUGUUGAUGAUGAUGCUUUGCAAGAAGCGAAAGAGAUAUGGAGUGUACGGGGUGAAGAUGUACUGGAGCUUGGUGCAGGCGCUGGUCUCUCAUCUUUAAUAUGUGCUCUAUCCAACGCAUGCUCCGUCACGAUAACAGACCAUCCAUCCUCACCUGCCCUAAAAGGCGCAAUUCAGUUCAACAUAUCUCAUAACCUCCGCAACAUCGAAUCAAAUACAAACACAAAAACCUAUACAAAAUCUACCGAUAUCUCUAUCCACCCGCACGAAUGGGGGAAUCUCUCCGAUACCUUCGCAGCUGAAAACAAAGGAAAAUUCACACGCAUCAUCGCAGCAGAUUGCUACUGGAUGCUGUCUCAGCAUGAGAAUCUCUGUACGAGUAUGGAUUGGUUCCUUGCGCCGAAGGGAAAGGUAUGGGUUGUUUCAAGCUUUCAUACUGGUCGUGCUGUUGUUUCAAGCUUUUUUGAUACGGCUGAUGAGUUUGGGUUUGUGGUUGAGAGGAUUUGGGAGAGGGACGUGGUUGAGAAGGAUGCUGAUGGGAGGGAGAGGAGAAGGGAGUGGUGGGCUUGUGGUGCUGAGGGGGCGCUUGAGAGGAAGAGGUGGUGUGUUGUUGCUGUUUUGAAGAGGAGGGAGGUGUGA